UCAACAAUCGUUUGUGUGAGUAAGCGAGCGACCCGGAAGGAAACUAUCAAUUAAGAUAAAUAAAUGAAAUGUUUUUACAAUCAUUGGUUUGAUAAGAGGAAUGGAAUUGAUAUGAACGGGAUGCCAGAAAAUUCGUGUCCCCACAUUGACUGGAAAACUCGAAUCCAGAUUCAUGGGACUUUAUGGAAAAAAUCGGCACAAUCGAAAUGGAUGAAGCGGCUGGUUGUGGUGCGGGAUGGCUGGUUGCUGUACUACCCGGAGACAGAAAGGAAGGAGGUCCCACGCAGACAGUUUUUUAACAUACACCCUAAGGCUGCCCUACCACUAGGGACGUGUGUUGUUACCCAAUCAAAAGAAAUGGGUCAACACUAUGCAUUCACCAUUGAAUCUGGAGAAAUAGAGGGUCCUCUAACACUGGCAGCAGAGAACGAAUUCGAGAGAGACAAAUGGUUGGACGUCCUGGAAAAGUCUAAACGAAUCACAUAUGCUAAUCAGCAAUUAUCUCAUGAUCUCAUUAGACAACUCGAGGAACAUGGUCAGGUGAUGGCAAAACAACGACAAGACUACUUUGACCGUCUUCAGUCUGAGGUUCAAGAACUGGCAGGGGAGAAAGAAAAAACAUGGGAGCUGGAGCGUCUCAACGAAGAACUUGAGAAAGAGAAGAUGAAAAUGGAGGCAUUCAAUGAAGAAAUGAAAUCAGAAUAUGAGAAGGUCAAAAGAGAGCUGGAGGAGAUGGUGGGGAUGAUGAAGAGUCUGGACACAGAGAGGAACGAGCUGUACGACAACCUCAAACACCAGGAGGAGGAUCUCAAGGUGCUGGCCACGGAGAAAGAGACUAUUCUGAGCUCAUUGAAGAAACAGGAGUCCGUCACCGAGCAACUGUCGAACGAGAAACAGGAAACAGAGGAGAGGAUGCGUAAGAAACUUGCAGACAUUGAGGAGCAGACGUCACACCUUCUGGAAGAGAAGGCUGAGGCAGAAAUGAGAUUAGAGGAGAAUGAGCGCCGUGCACAAGAGCUGGAGGAAGAGAAGCAGAUGUACAAUGAGCAGGCUCAGGAACUCCAGUCAACCAUCAAGGAUCUGACAGUACAAAAAGAAAUGACAGAAGCAGAAUUAAAGGAUGAGAUAAUGGCGCGGAUGGAUGCAGAGCGGCGUCUGCAAGAGGCAGAGAAGUCGCUACAUCGACUGGGCGUACAGGUGGAGAUGGAGACACCGAACAUAGAGACGGGCGUCAAGGAGCAGAUGGUUGUGAAUGUCAAUAAGCUCAAGGAAUUCUUUGAGAACCUUGCCCAAGAAGCCAAGGUGGAUCCAGAUAAGCCAGUUGUGAUCAAGAAUGCAAUCCAUGCCCGCAAAACCAUCAUGAGGAAAAACCGGACCAGGAAGUUUGAGCGGAGAAAAUCUAGCAAUGUAUCUAUCGAUUCCACUGGUAUGCGACCGAAGUCAAUGGAUUUAGACCAGCUGGAUCUUCGAAAAGUAAAAACUAUAUCACCAAGAAGGACCCAGUCCACCUUUGUUCGCAACGACCCGAUUACAGAUGAGGAUGGCAUGUUGACUGGUUUGAAGGCUCUUCCGCCAUUGACAGAAGUUUACAAUGAACAUUUUUAAAUGCUUUUGUACUGUCUUCUUUGUUUUCAUGUUUAUGAAAACUACAGUCUUUAAAUUCAUUUGAAGUAAAAAAAAUGUCCACUUUGAGGAAGCUGGGGUAUUUUGAUUUGUACCUGUUGCCGGGUAGGUUGGUUUGACUGUAGACCAUUAAUUUUGUUUCCAUUCGAUAUCUAGAGAAGGCUUUCACAGGCAACCAUACAAAUAAGUAUGAUUGUAGCUAAAUAAAAUUUUAUUUUAACAGAUGAAACAGGGGCUUUGCACAGUAAAUUUGUGUCCUCCUCACAAUAUCAAAGAAUGCUUAGAAUCAUAUAGACUAGCUUGCUAGUGAGUCUUUAAAAAAGGAUCACACCUAAUGAUAUUUAAAUCAAUGGAUAAAAGUCAAGGUCACAGGCAUAACUUGCUGUGAGUUUAGAGGGAAAGGGGGGGGCAAACAUGUUUUACAAACAUCUCUCAUUGUAUUAUUAAUCAAGAAAUUUGAUCUGAUAACGGAUUACAUGUAUUUAGUUUUUUCCAUAAUUAGUGUUAGAAUUUUAGAAUUUCAUACAUGACUGUGUUUUGUAUUUUUCUUUACAAUUAGUUUUUAAAUAAUGUUGUUGAUUUUGUUUGUACAAUCCAAAAAGUCUUACCAACCAAUGAUUUUUCACGAAAGAGUUCACCCUGUGAUUUUUCAGCUGCCCUGGCAUUUUUUUUGUCCGGCUAAAUCCCUAGUAUAUAAGAUAUACUCGAAUUUAAGUAUGUGCACAAUUCAUUAUAAGAACGAAAAAUUAGUGAGUGUUAUUUUACAGCAUAUUCAUGUAUUCAUGGAUAUAUAAAUUGGAUGAAGGGAACACACUUGUAUCAUGUGUGGCAUUCAAACAAAAAAGGACAGUUCAUUUGAAUUGUAGGGCUAGAAACUGAGAUUAUUGGGAAAAAAGUAAAUAAAGUCCAAAUAAUUAGGAUUCUUGUUUUAUAUUUAGUCCUACCAAUAUGGAAAGGAGAUUAUUCUAGUUUGAUGACUAUAGUUAUUCAAAUAUAAUAGCAUAUUUUGUAGUGAAAUAUAUGGGGAAAUAUCAGUAAGUUGCACUUUAUUAAUAUAAUGCUAAAUGAUCAAAAGUAACAUAAUGGAACAAUUACUUUUCCAAUUUAAUUGGACACCACAACUUUGUCAGUUUGUCAUGCAAUUUUUCAAUGAAAUGAAAUGACCAAUUGCUGGAUUUAAUAAAGUUUUAAUGAUCCUAAAUUUAGCUAAACGUCUAUCAUAAUUAUAUAUGUCCCCACUUUACUGGUAAUUUGGCUAUCAGUGUUUGUACAGUAUAAACCUCAGAAUUGCUUUGUUAUUUAUUGCAGAGUUUAUUUAAUUACUGUCUUAAGAUUUUAUAUGAUAUAUUCUUUUUUUAUGCCCCCUUCGAAGAAGAGGGGGUAUAUUGUUUUGCACAUGUCGGUAGGUAGGUAGGUCGGUCCGUCCGUCCACCAGAUGGUUUCCGGAUGAUAACUCAAGAACGCUUAGGCCUAGGAUCAUGAAACUUCAUAGGUACAUUGAUCAUGACUCGCAGUUGACCCCUAUUGAUUUUGAGGUAACUAGGUCAAAGGUCAAGGUCACGGUGACCCGAAAUAGUAAAAUGGUUUCCGGAUGAUAACUCAAGAACGCUUAUGCUUAGGAUCAUGAAACUUCAUAGGUACAUUGAUCAUGACUCGCAGAUGACCCCUAUUGAUUUUCAGGUCACUAGGUCAAAGGUCAAGGUCAUGGUAACCCGAAAUAGUAAAAUGGUUUCUGGAUGAUGACUCAAGAACGCUUAUGCCUAGGAUCAUGAAACUUCAUAGGUACAUUGAUCAUGACUCGCAGAUGACCCCUAUUGAUUUUCAGGUCACUAGGUCAAAGGUCAAGGUCACAGUGACUCAACUUAGAAAAAUGGUUUCCGGAUGAUAACUCAAGAACGCUUACGCCUAGGAUCAUGAAACUUCAUAGGUACAUUGAUCAUGACUCGCAGAUGACCCCUAUUGACUUUCAGGUCACUAGUUUACUAUAUAGCCUUGCAGUAUGCAUAGAUUAGUGUACAAGUAGUACUGCUUUGUUAGUUGUUGAAUAUUUUAUGUUAAAGAAUAAAAUAAACAUUAAAUUGGUGGAUUUAGUCAGCUGUAUGGGGAGGAGGAGGCUGAAUAUAUCCCGAAAUUAGUCAGUGAAAACCAAGAUUUGGUCAGGAAAAAGUCAGUGAAAAGUUAAGGGAAUUUUAUCUCAUCAGGUUGGUGGCAACCCUGAUAAACUACAUAGCAACGUCAUAUUUGGCUUACUGGGGGGCAUAGUGUUUCUCAAAGAAAUCUUGUUUUCAAAAGUGUGUGCCAUUUCACAUAAUUUUCAAGCAGAUUGUGUGUUUAAAUGCUGCUUGUUAUCCACCAUGUAUUGUCUCAGCUGAUAUUUUUUUUAUUUGUUUAUCUACAUAUGUUAACUACUUACAUGUUAAGCAUGCAUAUCAUACUUGUAUUAUGUGGCUGACAUUUCAUAUGUGUAUGUAACAUACAUAUAAUAAUUUGUGCAGGCUUUAGCAGCCUAUGCCUUAGCUCACCUUAACACAAAGUGUCCCGCGUCAACAUUUGCCUUCAACUUAGUAUUUCCCUGAAACACCCGGUGGAUUUUUACCGAAAUGUGCGUGUACCUUAAUUAAAAUGUUUUGUUUAUAGUAAUCUGUCAGAAAGAGCUACCGGUUUAAUUGGGAGAAAGAAAGGUCACAAAAACUGCAGAAACGCUUGUUUAUAUGUUAUUGGAAGAUUGUCCCGAGAUGAACUUAUUUUGGAUUUAUAUUCCAUUAUAAAUGGCUUGAUAUUUGUGUUUUUGAGUUUGUUUUUUUUUAUUCAUCUUAGCAUUUUGUAGAUGUAUAGAUCUAUUCAAAUUAUUAAAAAGCAUGGAUAUAUGUAAUCAGAUAUUUGCAUAUGAUUUAAUUAUGGACUUGAUGUUUAGAUUCAAAUGUUAAUUCAAAUAUUUGUUUUUGUUUGCUUUGUAUAACUAUGAAAUUCAAUGAAAUGCCAGAAAACAACACUUUUUGUAUUGACUCUAUAAUUGGUGUCUAUAUAAAAAACAAUUUAAUCACACUGUAACAAGGGCCCGUAUUCACCAACCCAUUCUUACACUUAAAAAUAAAGAAUGGACUUAGAACCAAGAAAAAUACUUCCAGUGUUUGAAUAUAUACAGGCUACGGGUGAUUAUGUCAUUAACAAAAUGUUCUACACAAAAAAUGCUUUAUAUGGAUGUGGUUAUUGCCAUGUUUAACUCAACAUUAAAGAAAUUCUUGAAUAUUCUUAUGGAAAGAAUUGUCUUUAUUCUUAGACUAAAGUCUAAGAAUUGUUUGGUUAAUACGGGCCCAAUGGUUAUAGUGUCCUCUUUAGUUUAAGCAGACAAUACGUGAACAGUGUUUGUGAAAUCUUUAUGAAACUGUAUGGAAGAAAAAGGAAUUUUGGUUUCGGCCGUAAAUAUUCAUAUUCUUUAUCCAAAUUGAAAUAUGUCUCUUAAAGCAUCAUGUCAUAGGUGCUAAAGACUAACAAUAUUUUCAGCUUAAAAAUGACUGUGUGUUUUAUUACUAUUUUUGGGGUUCCCUUGACAAUCUUACUAGCACAGUAAAGUAUUUGUAUGAAUGUAUGCAUGUUUGUGUUGUUACAGACAUACAUGUCAUAACUGCAACAAUGUCAUGACCAUGUCAUGAUUAACAGUGGAAUUUGCAAUCAAUGUCAGGAUUAUCUUUUAUUAUAUAUACACUGUUAAUGUCAUGAACAUUUUUUUUACAAAUUAUUUGUUAUUUUAGUGUAUUGGCAAAAAAAGAAUGUACUCUUAAACAAUAAAAAAUGGCAAAUAAA